AUGCCAGUUUCGUUGACCCGCGUUCUGGACUCUUGCUGUGGCUUGUUUCAGUACCUCCUAUUGACACACACAUAUUCUCAAUGCUACUCAGCAUACUGUGAAGCAAGAUCUUCAAUGGCUGUUACUCCGCCAACUCUCUCCACAAUCCUUCUCGACGCCGCUCCACCGCCCUGGACUUUGAAUGCCUUCACUGGCUAUCUUUCCGAGAAACACUGCAUGGAGUUGCUCGAGUUCCUUCGUGAUUCUCAACGUUACUCAGAGCUUUAUGAGCAGCUGAAGGUUGAGCAACCGCCGUCAGCCGAAAGCCUGGAGCAGAUCCAAGGAUGGUGGAAAUACCUUAUGCAGGUGUACAUUACUCCAUCUGCUCCUCGUCAAAUCAACAUACCGUCUGCAGUCCAAGACUCCCUUCUUAGGACAUCUUGUGACUCGAUUCCACCUGAUUCAUCUGAGCUUGACGACGUGUGUCGGAUGGUCUGCGAACUCCUGAACGAGUCGGUGCUCAUCCCCUUUCUGCAAUCGAUCGGCGACGCCCAGGUAGAAGGCGAUGGUCACGUGGCUGAUCAAAGGCCACCAACUACGACGGCUGUGAUGUCCGCCGACCACAGCAGCGGAGGCUGCCUUGGGAGUGAGGUCGAUAGCUCCACCAGGCGGCUCGUCCUUGGGUAUCCCCUCCGAAUCUCUCACGGCAACCUCCAAAUGCUCGUUGAUGCUUGCAACAGAGACGUAGAAAAGCGGGGAAAGUGA